GACAUAUAUACAAGGCGGUGUGUGAAAAAAGCUCGGAGGAUCAUCAGAGACUCCAGCCACCCAAGCCAUGGGCUGCUCUCACUGCUACCAUCAAGCAGGCGGUAUCGCAGCAUCAGGACCCGCACCAGCCGAUUUCAUGACAGAUUCUUCCCCCAAGCAAUCAGACUUCUGAACUCUUGAUCUCUCACAAUCAAUAUACAUCAGCACUGCACUUUAUUAAUCUUAUUAUCUCACACUGGACUGUCUUAAAUUAUAUUCUCUCUUAACAACACACUGGUAACUGACUAUCAACCGACAGCCUGAAUGUCAAUACAGUACAAUAGAACCUACUGUAUAUUUUAUAUAUACUAUAUAUACUAUUUUUAUUGUAUAAUGUGUAUUCUAUAUUGUAUGUGUAUUCUAUAUUGUGUGUAUUGUAUACUGUACAAUAUUCUAUAUUGUGUGUAUUGUAUACUUUAUAUUGUAUAUUAUUAUUUGUAUAUUGUGUGUGUGUAAUUAUGUGUAUAUUAGAUAUGUAAAUUGUGAUGUGUAAAUCUGUUUAUUGUAAAUUGGUAUAUGUCUCAUCUAUGUCUCAUCACUGUCAUGGCUGCUAUGUUGCUCGGAACUGCACCCAAGACUUUCACCCACUAUUGCACUUGUGUAUAUGGUUGUGUGACAAUAAAAGUGAAGUGAAGUGAAGUGAACUGUAACUCUGUCUUCCCCCAAAUGAGGAAACAUCCUCUUUGUAAGCCUCCUAGAGCAACACUGACGCUUCACAGGAUGUGUAAAAUCUUGGUCUUUCAGAUAUUUGGAGACUUUUGAACCCAUCUGCUCCUAUUGGCUCAUUGGAAGUGUCAAUCAAUUGCUCGUCCAGUGGGGAGAAUUGAGUGUCCUGCUUCUCUGAGGGGGAUCAGCUCAUCUUCAACUGGACUCUGAAUGGACAAGAACUGGAGGAUGGAAAUAACAUCAUUCAUCUGGAUGAGGAAACUUCUGGAAACGUCACCUGCACUGUGAAGAAUCACAUCAGUCAUGGACAGAACACCACUAGUGUAAACCGAUGUCCUGUUGAGAUUAUUUAUGGCUAAUCUACCUAUAUCAACAAUGGCGUGGUGCCAAUGACAAAUACCACGGUAUCAAGAAUUUAUCACUUCCUGUUUGCUGCCUUUUUGCCAACUUCUUCAGGGUGAGACCUGGAAAUGGUUUUGAAAAUCAAAAAUCCAACCAAAAACAUGGUCUGAUGAUCAUGUGAGGUGAAAAGUGAUCAAGUUUAUCAGAGUGAAGACGCUACAUGAGACUCAGAACACAGACUGACAGAACUCCACACACUCAUUUCACAAUCUGAAGCAGCAUUCACACUCUUCUGCUGGGAUUUGACUCUUCUGGAAACUGGACGUCAGAGAAAUGCUGUUCAUCUUUGGACUGCUGCUGCUGCUGAUACCAACUGAUACAUGUGUGGAGAUGUUCUGCAGGUUUAAUCAGACAGAUCCCUGUUACACAGCUCUGGGACACAAACUCUAUCUGCAGAUGCUGCUGGACACUUAUAAUGUUGAACUGGUGUUUAAAAAGGGGACGGACAGUGCGGCAGAUCCAGUUUUUACAGUAAAGAAAGGCAAGAUAAAGGAACAAAGGGAAUAUGAAUCCUUUAGAAGCAGAUCUGAGUUUAUCUUUAAUAAUGGGACUCUGAUUAUAAACAGUGUGAUCAGAUCAGAUUCAGGGACAUACAGAUUAGAGAUUUAUAACUCUGUUGGAGAACAAACAUACACAAACAAUCUUCAAGUGAAUGUUGAAGCUCCUAUUGGCUCAGUGGAAGUGUCAGUCAGUUGCUCGUCCAGUGGGGAGAAGCGAGUGUCCUGCUCCUCUGAGGGGGAUCAGCUCAUCUUCAACUGGACUCUGAAUGGACAAAAACUGGAGGAUGGAAAUAACACCAUUCAUCUGGAUGAGGAAACUUCUGGAAACAUCACCUGCACUGUGAAGAACCGCGUCAGUCAUGGACAGAACACCACUAGUGUAAACCGAUGUCCUGGAACAACUACUGCAACUGUGACCUCACAUCUGACCUCUACAGUGACCGACAGGUGGUCAGGAAACGGUACGGGUUUCACUGAACACACUACAGGGAAUUUCUCAGAUGGUAGGAAUGUCACUCACACUGGGAACCCUGGAGCAUUUUCUCCAUGGAUCUUAGUUGCUACAAGUCUGAUUGCUCUGUGCACUGUUGCUGUGGUCCUGAUUGUGUUGGUCAUCAUAGCAUGUCACAUUUACAAGAUGAAACAGCUCAAGCUGACAGCAGCAACUGGUAACGAUACAGAACUCCUGUGCACUCACACCUCUCAUAAUAAACACAACAGAGAGGAUGAACACAAGAGAUCAGAUGUGACCCCAAAUGCAGAUGUGAAAUAUGCUGUGGUUGGCCCUCAGACGAAUAGGAAUAAGAGGAAGAUGAAGGAGGAAGAGGUUCAGUAUGGAGAGGUGACGUUCACUCCAGCUGUCUUAAACAAUCAUCAGUAUAAAGAACAGGAAGACUGUGUGUACUCUCAAGUACAGACACGACAGAAAAACAUAAGCCUUUAGAACAGUGCUUGUCAAAUGGUGGGUUAUGACCUAAAAUGAGUCUCAUGUUCUGUUCUGAUCUGAUAGUGUCACAGACAGCAGGAGAAAAAAUGCUAAAUGCAAAAAACUAAAUGCAAUUAACCAUAAAAUCGUGCAUAGUUGGGAUAGCAACAUAAGUAGACUUAUCCACUUUUAAAAGAGAGAAGAAAACACUUUCAAUAUCUUUUGCUGUUGAUGUCAAAGUUCGUGCAUCCAAUCAAACUCGACAGUAUUUUGGCACAAAUUCAUCUGUCAAUUGGUAGAAGCUAGACAGAUGACAACAUGGAAAGGUUGUGUGACAUGAACUCAUCAGAGGUGGGUAGAGUAGCCAAAAACUGUACUCAAGUAAAAGUACAAUUACUUUAAAAAAUAAUUACUCAAGUAGAAGUACUAACAUAAAUAAUUACUUGAGUAAGAGUAAGAAAGUAUCCAAUUAAAAGAGUACUCAAGUAGACAUAUUGGACGUUAACUCCCCUAUAUUCCAUUACAUAAUACACAUUUAACAUGUAUUACAGAAUUAUUAUUAUUGUUAUUAUUAAUGGAAAUUCCGUAAUCAUUCACCAUCAUGUUGUUCCAAACCCGUAUGACUUUCUUUCUUCCAUGCAACACAAUAAGGAGAUUUUGAACAGAAUGUCUCUCCAUAUUUUGAAAGGGAAUGGUGACUGAGACGUCAGUCUCUAACAUUCUGUUUAACAUAUUUUGUGUUACACAUAAUGCAAAGCGUCACACUGGUUUGGAACAACAUGAGGGUAGGGAAAUGAUGACAGAAUAUUAAAUUAUGGCUGAGCUAUCACUUUAAAGGGGUAGUUUACCCAAAAAUUAUCUCAUCAUUUACUCACCCUCAUGCCAUCCCAGAUGUGUAUGACUUCCUUUCUUCUGCAGAACACAAAUGAAGAUUUUUAGAAGAAUAUUUUAGCUCUGUAGGUCAAAAUAUUGAUGCUCCAAAAACACAUAAAGGAAGCAUAAAAGUAAUCCAUAAGACUCCAGUAGUUAAAUAUGAUAUGAUAUGUGUGGGUGAGUCAUUUUUUGCUAGACAGCAGGGGCAAUAUGCAGAGAAUGUGAAUCAACAAAAACACAAGAAGAAGAAUGUGAAGGUGAUCUGUUUCUCUGUUUCUCAUCCACACCUAUCACAUCGCUUCUGAGGAUAUUGAUUUAACCACUGGAGUCGUAUGCAUUACUUUAAUGCUGACUUAUGUGAUUCUGUUUAGCUUUAAAAUGUUGGCACCCAUUCACUUGCAUUGUAUGGACCUACAGAGCUGAGAAAUUCUUCUAAAAAUCUUCAUUUGAGUUCAGCAGAUGAAAGAAAGUCAUACACAUCUGGGGUGGCAUGAGGGUGAGUAAAAAAUAAUUUUGGGGUGAACUACCCCUUUAACCCUCUGGGGCCUGAGGGUGUUUUGGGCCCUGGAGAAGUUUUGACAUGCUUUGACAUUUGUGCUUUUUUUAGUUGCUUAAAAACAUAUUAACGGCUAAACACUGUAUUCAGCACAAACUGGGCUACAAUAAUAUGUGAGCAACAUGUAUGUACAUGUUUGUAUUUUUGAGAAAAUAACGUUUAUGCAUGGUUUUUGAAAAAACAAAAAUGUUAAGUCACUGAAAUAAGGCCAUAUAUCACAUACUAAACAUUUAUUCACAAGACUUUUGAGGACUGGACCUUGUAGCCUAGAGUUUUUGCUACAAAAUGAUGUGAAAACCAUCCUGAUCACUCAUUCAUACAAAACAAUAUAGUCAUUUAACUUUUGUAAGACACUUUUAGUGUUAGAAAGGCCAUAUGCGAGGAGGCGUGGAUGAUCAUGAAUAUUAAUGUGAUUCACACCUGAGGAGACAAAGACCCCUCCUCUGAGAGAGAAUGAAUGUUUGUAGCUUAUUCACAAAAUCGAGUUUAAGUUCAAAGAAUUAAUCUGAAUAUACAUUUUCUUUAUGUAAAGACUUUACUUUAGACCUACACUACCAUUGAAAAGUUUUAGAUCGGUAAGAUUUUUAAAUGUUUUUAAAAGAAGCCUCUUCUGCUCACCAAAGCUGCAUUUAUUUAAUCCAAAAUACAGCAAAAACAGUUAAAUUGUGAAAUAUUUUUACAAUUUAAAAUAACUGUUUUCUAUUUGAAUAUAUAGUAAAAUGCAAUUUAUUCCUGUGAUGUAAAGCUGAAUUUUCAGCAUCAUUACUGCAGUCUUCAGUGUCACAUGAUCCUUCAGAAAUCAUUCUAAUAUGCUGAUUUUCUAAUAUGGGCACAUUUACAGCACAUUUUACACAUUUACACCUGAUCAUCGUUGAUGAUAAUGAGGCAGCAUAAACACUAGUUAAAAUCUAAUCUAAACAUUCAUAUUAUUUUUAUAUCAUAUUACAUAUCAUAUUUAUAUCAUACAGCAUACAAUUUAAAUACCUGCUUUAGCCGAAACAACAUUUAAAUGUAACUAAAACUUGCCGAUUAGGACAUAUUUCAAAUUUCAAUACACUGAAUCCUGGCUGGCAAGUCUGGAAAUAGUCCAACUAGUAAAAUAUGUCCAUGUUUAUAUAAAAUAGCAUGUCAACUAAUGUAAGUAAAGGCUUACUCAUCCGAAAUUGUAUCCUCGGCUGGAUCAAGUCGCUCUUCAAACGUUCCUCGUCGGAUUCCCGCUCCUCUUCUGAGGAAAAUGUGAACUCUUCCUCACUAUCCAGGACCAUCUGAAGAGCUUCCUCACCUGUGUAGCGUGCCAUCUUCCAAACGCGCAGGAAUGUUAAUGAAUCAGAUGAUGAAUUUAUGUUUUUUAAGGCAUUGUUGGGGGCGUUUACUAUUUGCAUUGAUCGUCUCAGCACAUUACUGUAUGAAUAGCGCCCUCUGCUGGUGGGUGGGAUCACAUUAGAGAUUAUGAGCUGAGCCAGGAGAAACUGUACAUCGCUUUGUUUCAUACAGAUUACAUUGCAGGAGAGUAUUUGUUUUAAAUUUGAAUUGUUUGAUUUAAAAGUAGACAUUUUAAGCUUUCUUUAGACAUAUGUUUCAUGUUUGUGUGAUAAGUAUUCAUGGAGUUUCAGUUCAUUUUCGUGAUGUGUUUCAGAAAGAUGCUUGUGGAAACAGAGACGGCUGUUACAAAAGCUCAAGGUUUUGUUGUUAUUGUGAGUGAACACAAAUAAAAGUAGACCCUUUAUAGUUUCUAAUGAUGUCUUACACUUAUCUGUAUGCCCAAAAAUGACAGAGUAUUUUAAGUUGUUUCCGCUGUUAUGCGGAAAAAAUCCAGCAGGAUGCGCCGGUGCGUCCGUCGACCCCAGAGGGUUGGCUCUUGUCAGAUCUGGAUGAAUUUGUCAAUAAGAGAGGUUUGGAAACAUUUCUAGUAAUUAUUACAGUGAAAACAUGAAAAUGUCUCACAAAGACAUUAUAUAUAAUGCUGAAAUAUAAACCAAAGCAAGACCAUGCUUUAUUAAUGCCUGCUUUCGCUUUUUCAUAGCUUUUAAAGUCCUGUGUGGAUUCUUAUUUCAGUGUAGUUACAGUUUUCAAUGUCGAAAGAAUUUAGAUCAUUAGUUCUGUACAGCAGUACCGCCGCUCCCUAAAUGCAGAGUACGCAGCCUGUGUAGGGCACCAACCCCAGUCGUGGAACACUCGCUGUGUCUGAAACCGCCCCCAUCCACUAUAUAGUGCACUAUUUUGGGUGUCUGCCAUUUUGUAGGAGUGUCUGAAUUCUGAUUGAGCCACUUGUUCCUUACUUUUGUUCACUCAUUAUUACCCACAAUGCACUCUAAUUUCGAGUGUGCAUUUGAUGUACACUCGACGACGGUUAACUGCCCACAAUCCACCACGGGGAAGACAUAUGAGCUGGGAGUUUACUGCUUCCUUCAAUCCUGCAGUGUUUUAUUUCAUGCUGAAUGUUGUAAAUUACUUUUUGACAAAUCAUUACUUGAUUCAAAUAACAUAAUAACAUAUAGAGAGGCAAAACAUACAGAUACAUUUUAAAAUGUACUCUUUGUUUGAUCAAAUGUGUUUACUCUUUACACACAGUAUAUAUAAAAAAUGACAAACAGAAUGAAGAUUGAUUGUAUUAAUAUAUUAUUUAAUAAGAAUAACAAGUAAGGCCCAAGUAUUUUAAAAGUUAAUAUGUGAUGUUGUUUCUGUGAUAGCCCCAGAGCUCCGACACUCGGUGUAUACGUCAGCAUCCGAAUUCACUCAUUUCGUUCACUUACUGCUGAGAUAUAGUGCACUAACUGCCAUUCAAUAUAUAGGAAAUAGUGAACGAGUGAACGAUUUCUGAUACAGCCACUCUCUUCGCCAUACGAUUGCCUCGCGCCUGCACAUCUCUCACGCGCGCGCCACGCGCACUUCGCUGUGCAUGUGCAGAAAUGCUGUCUGUUCACACCAGUUGUCAAUCACGUGAACAGCAGAGCUAAGGCAUUUAUUUACACUUAACUUGGAUGUUUACAUGGAUUUAUAUAGUUAAUCCACCUGAAGUAGCUGCGAUAGUUUCCAGUACCCCCACGAGGGCACGUGGUAAAUGCGAAAUACUGCUCGUGACAUGCGGGACGUGGGAUAAAGCGCUUAAAACUUAAAAACACAAAUACACUUAAAAACUGAUGUCAUAAGAGCCCAGUUACAGAAUCACCCUGAAAAUGACCAUCACAUUCACACAGAAAAGCCCGUGUUAUCAUUAGAGCCAAAACUUACCUCAGCGUACUGCCUUAAAUUGAAGCUGUGAUUUUAAUCUUGAAAUGUCCGCUUGUCUUGGUGUUAAAUGAAAGCAUUGCAUGAUGAAACUUUUAUUUUUUUCACCGUGUGGAGCGAAGAAAGUGUUUCACUUUGAAGAGUUUGAUGCUGCUGCAGUGAUCGAGUGACAGUCUAUGACACCGGCUCAGCGUGUGCCUCUGUGUGAACUUCCGCUCUCAGUAAAUUACGCAUUAAUUAAAAUUUAACCCAGUAAUGUAACGACAGGAAUGCUGCCCACUGUAAAGUAAAAAAAUGUCAUUAGAAAUGUACUUGAGUGAGAGUAAGAAGUACCCACUUUUAAACCUACUCUAAAAGUAUUUUUCCCCCAAAAAAGUUACUCAAGUAAAUGUAAUGGAGUAAAUGUAGGGCGCUACUACCCACCUCUGGAAUUUAUCCUCAAAAACCAUUAACAAAACUACACAAGCUCAAAGAAAAUAUAACUAAGACUACAUUAAAACACAGAUUCACUUGCCGCUAGAGUAAACAUGGUUUGUGUCGACAACAAUGUGUUUUGUAAAGUGAAUUAUUGACUGUCGAGAGCAUUAAACCAACAAAUUUCAAGAGGCAUUUUAGACUUUCCUAUUCAGCCUAUAUCAUGUUAGAAAUUUUGCAUAGUUGUUGCAUAGUUUUCAUUGUAAUGUAAAUUCCAAUGUUUUAUUUUAGAACAUGUUUGUUUACCUUGUACUGAUAAAUGAGUAUGGUUCGUACUGGGUCACCAAUUGACAUCCGAUGUCAAAUAUGGAUCCUGUAUCGAACCCAGUUGAGAAGCACUGAAAUAAAACACAUGAUAAAUAAGUGUAUUCUAGUGUCAUGAAAGCACAAAGAAUAUUAAGCAACUUUCAAUGUUCAUUUAAUUUAAUUCUGAGCAUUGUACAGUUUAUACAAAUCAUAUUUAUGUAGUAUCUGAGCAGACUUCAUUUUGCAUAUUUGUUCAGUUCAGUUUUAUUUUAUAAAGUGUCAUUUAAGGUUAGUGUUAAAUUGUGGCUAUAUAUUCAGACCGAAUGCUUGUGCAGUCUUGAGUGUGCUCGCCAAACGGGGGAAAUCAAAUGUUUCUUAUUUUCCAUCAGACCACUUCUGCUUCUGUGUUUUAAAAUGAACAGUUUUUAAACAUCUGUGUUGAACAGUGUGGCGAAGUUUUACUUGAAUAAGUUUGCACUUACAUAGUUUAAGAAUGAGAUAUUUUGUGACAUUAGAACUGCAAUCAACAAAAAAAUACAUGUAAAAAUCACGUGAGACAAAAGUAUUGUUUGUAUAUCUCGACUGGUAGAGCUUUAAAUUGUCAAAUGCAUAAAAGUAAACACACACAUGACCUAACCUGUCAUUUACUUUCCUGUUUUUAGCAAAAUGCUCUUACUGAAGUGUACAAAUUAUGAUAGUAGCAUUUACAUGGACAGGCAGUUCAAGAAACCACAAACAACUGCAAUUACUUUGUACUUAUAACAUUUAAUAGUGAAUCUUGCGGUGUGAUUGGUGCUUCGUUUGAAUCAGUUUAGACUGUAGCAGUUACUGUGACUUUGUUGUACCACUGAGGAGCAGAAAUAAAGAUGUUUCUGGAGUCUGAACCCUUCGUGAGGAGAUAAUGUGGGUUUAGUUGAGCAGUCGUGGCUGAUCCUGAUCCUGGCAGAUCCUGUCUUGGAUCUCUUAGUAUUUACGUGCACACAGAUGGCAUGCAUUGCUUUUUUUAUUGUAAUAUACAUGUGUUAUAUAAUAUAUUAAUAUAGAACAUUAAUAUCGUAUUCAGUGUUCAGUUAUGUAUGGUCUGUCCAUUCUAGAAUUUAGAAGGUAGAUAAACAGUCUGAAACCACAGAACAUCACAUUUUUACUAAGUGAUGAGUUUUGAAAUCUUCGCCUGAGCUUUUACAGAGCCUGAGGGUCUAGUGUGAAUUUCUUAAAAGUGGUUUCCUAAUAAUAUAAUGUGAUUUCCUGGAUCUGAUAAACUUCUCCCAUCUCAAAACUAGAAGUGUCUGUGUGAAACAUGUCAAGAACAUGUGCAGGUGAUAUUUCACCCCAAAAUCAAAAGAAAAAAUAAUUGUAUUUAGCCUGUUUUGAAGAUUUAUGCAUUCCAACCAUUUAAGCUCGGAUGGGCCCGCCGGUGGGGAAAAAAUAUAAUUGUCAAAAUAUGUAUAACUUUUGACCAAAACAAAAUAUGUAUUGUUUCAAAGUUUAGAAGCUCUACUGUACAAUGCAUUUAGACAUUACGACCAAAACUGAACAAGUGCUUUGAAAUUUGAAACUGCAAUUUUUUUU